CUUGGGGAUAUCCAGGAAGCUGAAAAAGAAUGCAAAAUUUACUGGAGAUACUUAAGAAAUGACAAGCUAGGGAAAUCCUACGGACAAACAUCUUGGAAUCAGUGUAAAGAAGUAUUCCUUUUUACUGCAGAAGGUAAUGUGAAUAUGAAAGAAGCAGAAAUACACCACAGUGUUCAGAUCCAUGAAAAAUAUUGCAGUGGAGAGAAAUCCUAUGUAUGUCAGCAGUGUGGAAAAGGGUUCACCAAAUCUGGACUUUUUAAGCAACAUGAAAUAAUUCACACUGGAGUGAAACCAUAUGUAUGUAAGAAAUGUGGGAAAGCUUUUAACAGACGGGCAAAUUGUAAAAUACAUGAAAGCAUUCACACUGGAGAGAAACCCUAUGUAUGUAAGCAAUGUGGGAAAGCUUUUAACACACAGGGAUAUUUUAAGAAACAUGAAAGAAUUCACUCUGGAGAGAAACCCUAUGUAUGUAAGCAUUGUGGGAAUGCUUUUACCCGACAUGGACCUUGUAAGGAACAUGAAAGUAUUCACACUGGUGAGAAACCAUAUGUAUGUAAGCAUUGUGGGAAAGCUUUUACCCGACAUGGACCUUGUAAGGAACAUGAAAGAAUUCACACUGGCGAGAAACCAUAUGUAUGUAAGCAAUGUGGGAAAGCUUUUAACACACGGCGAGAUUGUAAAAUACAUGAAAGAAUUCACAGUGGAGAGAAACCCUAUGUAUGUAAGCAAUGUGGGAAAGCUUUUAACAGACAGGGAGCUUUUAAGAAACAUGAAAGAAUUCACACUGGAGAGAAACCCUAUGUAUGUGAGCAAUGUGGGAAAGCUUUUAACACACGGGCAGAUUGUAAGACACAUGAAAGAAUUCACACUGGAGAGAAACCCUAUGUAUGUGAGCAAUGUGGGAAAGCUUUUAAAACACGUGCAUAUUAUAAGAUUCAUAUAAGAAUUCACACUGGAGGGAGACCAUAUAAACGACAUAUCUGA